GCAACAAGCGAGAAGAGAGGGAGGAGCGCCGGGGUUCCACAUGAGAAAACUGCACAGCUAUAAAGCGCAAAUACGAGCGCAGGGGCAGGGAGCAGGUAGAGGUAGUCGUUGGAGGAGGAGGAUAUUUCAAACGCACCUUUUGAGAGGCAAAACAGAAAGUAAACAGCCCCGAGAGAAAAGACAGAAAGCAGUUACGACGGUUUACGAGAAAUGCGGCAGAUUAAAUGAGGAACAGAAAGUGGAAACAAGUUCGGAAACAAGAGGACAGUUAAGAGAAGGCGUGUGUGUGUUGUGUGUAUGUGUGGACUGACACAAGCAAAACAAAAGAAAAAGGAGGUCACAAGUCUAGCCUGUCUAAACCUGUCCAUGCUGUGCAACUAAAGCAGCGCUAGAGAGAGACGCAGAGGCAGAGCAGGCCACUUCACCGCAGCACCAUGUUGAUGAAAGAGUACAGAAUAUGCAUGCCUCUCACAGUGGAGGAGUACCAGAUCGGGCAGCUCUACAUGAUCAGUAAGCACAGCUGUGAGCAGAGCGGAGGAGGGGAGGGGGUGGAGGUGAUGAAGAAUGAGCCUGAGGUGCACCCGGAGUACGGCCGCGGUCAGCUGACAGAGAAGAGGAUCUACCUCAACAGUAAACUGCCUGGAUGGGCCAAAUCCUUUGUGCCGCGCUUCUUCUAUGUGACAGAGAAGGCCUGGAACUUCUACCCCUACACCAUCACAGAGUACUCAGUAUCAUUCCUGCCCAAGUUCAGCAUCCGCAUUGAGACCCGAUUUGAGAACAACAAAGGCGAUAACCACAAUGUGUUCGGGGACAAGCCCACCCCAUCAGAGAACGUCACUUUCCUGGACAUCCUGAGUGACCCCAUCCCCGAAAAGCACUACAAGGAAGAAGAGGACCUGAGUCUGUGGCAGUCGAGUAAAACGGGCCGUGGUCCUUUGGAGGAGGGCUGGAGGCACGAGCACCAGCCCAUCAUGUGCUCCUACAAACGGAUCCAGUGCAGUUUCGAGGUCUACGGGUUCCAGACCAGGACCGAAGAGUUCAUCCACAGAAAUAUUAAGGACAUUCUCUUGGUCGGCCAUAGACAAGCAGUGGCCUGGAUCGACGAAUGGCACGGACUGAGUUUGGAGCAGGUGAGGGAGUACGAGUGCAUCAUGCAAGAGAAGACCAACAGCAAAGUCAAAUGUAACGCAGGCCCUCCGCCCGCCUCUCGUCCCACGUUCUCUCGCUCCAUCUCUGUGACGGACGAGCGUUCUCUGAAGAAGAUGGGGGUGCCGACCGGAGCCGUGCCUGACCCCGCCCCCUCCGCGCUGCACGGCCACGCUCGCCUCCACUCCACACCUGAAUGAGUCUCCUGCCCAAGGACACCUAAAUAUAAGACACUGGACACAAGAGCAAUGCAAAUGGAGGGGUGGACGGUCAGAUGUGUGACAAACUGGAACAUUGUUUUUCUAUGCUAAAAAAAAGGUCAAAGGUCACUUACUUUUGCUCAUACACUCCGCACUCUGAGCUGAAAGUGCGUAUUUAACACAAUACUUUUACUAAGAGCGUGGGUCUGGAACUGUUUUCUGUCUCACCAGUUUCACAUUGACGUAAUCGACAAUCAGAAAAAUGCAUGAUUUGUUUGUGUAAAAAAACAAACAUGGCGGCAGCAAACAAAAACGAUGAGAUGAUUUCAGCAGAAUGAACGAGCGAAGCACUAAACUCAUAUGUAUCUGAGGUUAAAGGUGGUAUUUAUUUUGUUUUAAAUGAGAAUUUUAAAGCUACCAUCUGCAAGUUUAUUUGAUUUUUUUUUUCACCAGUAGAUCGUACCUGGCCCCUACCCCUCACACCUCACCUGGUCCCUUCCCCUCCCCCGCCCCCCUUCCCUCACCUGGCUACUCCCCCCUUCCCUCACCUGGCUCCUCCCCCCUUCCCUCACCUAGCCCUUUUCCCUUACCUGGCCGCUCCCCCCUCCCCCUCAAAUGGCUGGUCCCCCCUCACCUGGACCCUCCCUCUCACCUGGACCCUCCCUCUCACCUGGACCCUCCCUCUCACCUGGACCCUCCGCACUACCCCUCAACUGGCUCCUCCCCCCUUCCCUCACCUAGGCCCUUUUCCUUACCUGACCCCCCCCCUCACCUGGACCCUCCGAACUCCCUCUCACCUGGCCGCUACCCCUUACCUAGACCCUCCCUCUCACGUGGAUCCUCCGCGCUGCCCCUCAACUCGCCCCUCCUCCCUUCCCUCACCUAGCCCCUUUCCCUUACCUGGCCGCUCCCCCCUCACUCGGACCCUCCGACCUCUCUCUCACCUGGCCGCUCCCCCCCUCCCCUUCCCCUGGCCCCUCCCCCUCCCCUGGCCCCUCCCCCUCACCUGUCCUUCAUUAAGCCUCACCUGUGCCCUCUGCUCUUCUUCUAUCAGACCAAAGCUGGCACACUCUCAGACAGAAGUAACGUAGAUCUAGUGGUGACAUCUGAGAACAGCGGCCAAUCCCAUUCCAGACGGUAGCUUUAAAAGGAGACGUCUUCCACAUUUACUACAGAUUAGCGGCUGUGAUCGGACCACGUUUGACGGGCUGUACAUGGUCUGGUUCCACAGGACUAAAGGAGAAACAGUAUGAUUGGUAUAAACAUGUACGAACGCAGAGAAGUAUCCGGUUGUUGCUCAGCUAACGGGAAUCCUAAUAAUAAACUAAACUCGACUCCAAUGCCAAUGCAGCCAGGUGUUCAAUGGUCUCUAAUGAGGACAGAGGCUGCUUAUGUCACAGGCCUCUUCAAAAGUAUUGGCCACUAGAGGCAGCAAACACAGCUUCAGCCAUUUUUGGACCACAAAUCUGCAAAUGAACAUAGUUUGUCUACUGCUCCUAGUCAUUCUGACCAUUUUAGCACAAAGCUAAAAACGCCAUGUAGUCGUAACGCUGAUUUAGUGUUUAGUUCCACUUUAAUUUGCCAACGAAAUGAUAUGUGCCACAUGGUCCGCCUGUAUAUGAACUGAGACUAAUUAUUUUUAUGUAAACCAUCUAACCGAACUGUAACACAUGUUAAGCUGUCGCCUUUAAAGACCCUCCCAGCGUCCUCAGUAUUCACCCGUGUUGAACUCACUUUGGUGUCAGUGCCGAGGUGACCACCAGCGGUGUUUUCCCCGGCUCCCGAGCGAGCGGCAUCCAGCCCCCUACGGACAGAUGCAUAAGGGGUUUAAUAGAGUGGAUCUAAUGAGGGUGAAGGGAGGGGAGGGAGGGAGGGGAGAUGAGGAGGGGAUGGGGGGGGGGGGGGCGCUGUCGAUGCCAUAGAUCCGCAGACCCUCUCCACUUCAGGUCAAAAUCAGAUGUAUUGACAAAUCCCACUGAGGCGUUGUAUUGGCUGCAUGAUCGCCGAGCUUAGAGCCGCAAAUGGGUCCGCCCCAGGAUAAACUUCAAUUAUUAUUCAAUGACACGACAGUUAUCAGCCAAAUACAUGUAAAUGCCACAUUUGCCAUAGCAAUGUAAAUACAAGAACAAAUCAAAUAUGGUGGAAGUUGUUUGUUUUUUUUUAAUUCUGUACAGUCUUUUUUUUUUAAAUUGCACGAAUAAAUCUGUUUUCAA